AUGUCCAUCAUGAAACCUGUGGGUUUCAAACUACCGAGCUAUUCGCGGUAUUUUUUCUCGAUUUCGGCGUUUAGUCUUAUUGUACUAGCAUUGCAGAGUACCCUUCAGGUCAUCCUAACGCACUACUCGAUGGUGAGUACCCCGUAUGAUCAGACCUACUAUGUCUCGGUUCUCGUUCUUUAUCAGGGAAUUGUCAAACUAUGUAUGAGUCUAGUGAUUUUAUCCGUGUAUGACUUUCGGAAAGCCCUUUUUCCCAAACACCGCCCCCUCCCCAGCAAAGUAGACGACCCCAACGGCACCCACCCGGUUCUGAUUUGCAUACGGAAUAAUAAACCCGACCUCAGCUCGUGGGGCCCCAUCCAUGAAAAAUCCCCGACGGAGAUAAACAAAUUGGCCUCCCCGACCGAUGCGAUGGAGGCGCAUGGCGUGAAAUAUAAAACUUCGGGCCUGGAGGAUGAGGGGUUCGCGAUUCACGUGUACGAUCGGAAAAAAGACCUCACCGAGGGGGCUGAGAAAACCGCCAAAGGCGAUUUCGCGGGCCAGGCGUAUGCAUCCCGCGAACGACAAUGCGGGCCGCGAAGGCUCGCGGGGGUUCGGCGGUUUAUCUCGAUCUACGCCAAAUGUUUGGCCGGGGUUCUCCUCACGCGGGAUACCCUGAAGCUUUGGCCCCCCUCGAUUCUUUUCACCGGGCAGAAUCUUCUCAUUUUUGUCGGGCUUCGGCACCUCGAUCCGGUGUCGUUUCAGGUUUGGUCCCAGGUUAAGCUCAUUUCGGCGGCGAUGUUCUCCGUCUGGAUGUUAAAGCGAUCCCUGGCUUGGAUGCAGUGGGCGGCCCUGGCGUUGUUGAUUGCCGGGAUUUUGAUAACGCAGCUGCGAGGGAUCCGCUCUUCGCAAACUUCCCCGACGAUGAAUAAAGUCGAUUACGCCCCGAAGGUCUGGGAGGAUAGUGUGGAGGAUCAGAUGUCGAUCUACAGCAGUGUGGUGGGGAUUGGGGCGUGUUUGAUCUCCGGCAUCUCCUCAAGCUACGCGGGGGUGUAUUUCGAAAAGGUGGUCAAAACCACCAAAGCGACCUUGGCCGUUCGCAACCUCCAGCUUCUGAUCUUCGAGAUCCCGCUCGCAGUGGGGUCGAUUUUGGUCUUGGAGGUCUUCCCGAGCUGGUCCCGCCAGCGGACCUGCGGGCAGACCAUCCAGUGGAAUGUUUUUCACGCCCCCACGGCGCCGCCCCCGCUCUUAAUUUGGAAUACCGACCGCAUCCACGGCACGCCUUGCCCGACAAAGCCGUUUUACAUCCAUCAAGGAUUCGAUCGGGCGCUGACGUGGGGGCUGGUGAUGAUUCACGCGAUGGGUGGGAUGUUGGUGGCGGUGGUGAUGCGAUACGCGGAUAACAUUUUGAAGGGAUUCGCGACCGGCUUCGCCGUUAUCCUGAGCGGGGUGAUGACUUCGGUCUUGUGGAGGUACGCCCCGAGUUCGGAUUUCGCGAUCGGGGCGUUUUUGGUUGUCCUCGCCACCAUCGUCUUUCAUAAGUUUGAGCUGAAGCGAUAA